AUGCCUUUUCUUCUUUUCUCAUUCUUUUUAUUUUUUUUAUUAAUAAAUCAAAAAAACAAUAUAGAAAGUAAGCGUACUAAUAUAUCGAAGCUAAAGGCAUUUAUAGUUUCCCCUCAGAAGAGUAAAAAUAAGAUAAUAAUAUUAAAUAAUAAUAAUAGUAGUAUAAUUAAUAAUAAGGUUAUUAAGAAGAAUAUCCAGAGAAAUAUUUUUUUAAAAGAAAAUAUACGGGGUGUACUAACAAAUAAGAGCGUCUUCAAAUUAAAUUUGUUUGCUUCAUCGUAUGUAUCCCCCAUAAUAAACUUCUUCUUAUCAAAUAAGGGAAGUAUAAAAUUGGCAUCAUUACAUUUUAUAAGGAUAUACAAAUUUAUAAUAUAUAUAAGAUGCUUGUUGGAAUGGCUACCUCAGAUUAACCCUCAUUUAAAUCCCUUUGUUUUUAUAUUCACCUUUACAAAUAAUUAUGUACAAUUUUUCCAUAAAAUUAUCCCGAAUGUGUUUGGGAUUGAUUUAAGUGGAAUAUUUUCUUGGCUAUUCUUAGAAAUGAUAGAAAAUUAUUUAUCAACAUAA